GUGCGUCUCGGUGUUCGUGGACAGACAGAUUCAUGACUUGGCUGAACGAAUCUCAUCUCUGGCUGCUCGCUGUAAUCAUUCAACACAACCACUCAACUCAGGCAGGCACCCACUGAAGUCCGCGAUACAGGCACACCACACACAUCUCCAUCCCCACGUCACGAGGUGCCACAACCACCAUACACUUCUCGGCGAUCAGCAUGGGCGGCACGACCAGGCAAAUGUCGCUCAUGGCAGUAGGCCGACCGCCUCAUUCUCUAGUCCAAGUGACCUCAAGAGCUGCCCGCACGGCGGCCACCGUGACAGGGAAUCGCUCACCGACCGUCACCCCAUCCGCCGCCACCACCUCGCUCGUCCUGACUUUGAUUUGCCCUUCAUAGAGAGACACUGACGCCACGACAGAGCCGCCACCCAGUAACAGCACCACGACCCGCAUUGGUACGUGAAGAGCUGGUGGUCGGUCUACAUACCGCAAUUCCACUCGCAAAUCGAUGACGAACAUGUCAGAUCUGCCGCUGAGGUCAUUCCGCCGCAGGGCACGAUAGCAAGCAUGACGCAUCCCCACUUUCACAUCGAGGACGACAUUAAUGCGGCCCCCAUAACUCAGCCGCUGCAGCAACGUGUCGAGGGCAAACUCGCUGAAGGAGCGGUAGAUAUGGUAGUCGGCCGACGACAAGUCACCACAGCUGACGGGCGGGUCAGUGUGUCGACAAGUGCGACAAAUGAAUGGAUUCAAGCGCCACACCUCGUCUCGCUCGAUGACGCGGAACCGCCUCUCUCCGAGACGAUACCACUGCACCUCCCGGCUCCUGUGGUGGAGGAACCAUGCCAUUCGCAAUCCGAUCGUGACGGCAAAAGAAAGGAUGAGCCCGGCAACCAAGAUGCUAAGCACCAAGCCAGCGAUCCGGCACAAUAAGGGCCAGCCCGAGAGCGGGCACUGCAGCCGCUAUCGUAGGAACCCAACGUGCCGGCCACAAGAAGCCAAGCCCACCCCAGCAGAUAGAAUAAGUAAGCGGCUGCAGUCAGGAGACGCACCAGCGGACGGGUCGGCAAGGUCGCGACAAAGGCCACCCCUCUGUCGUCCUCGGUGAGGUGAGCGCCGCCGCCGCCGUAGACAUGGCCAAAUAUCUUGUUAGCGGCCAUAGCAGCGGGCAGCCGAUGGAAGCUGGCCUUGUCGGGAAGGUGAGCCGCCACUCUCUCAGCCGAGAGUACGAUGAGGGGCGGUCGGCGACUCACACCGCAGACACCUGCCACCCUGAUAAACGCGGCCAUAGAGCGCCACUCAGCCGCCUGCUCGAUGACAUAGGCACAGCGAGCGAGAUACCCGAAUCGCGAGAGGGAUGGUGGGAGUGGAGGGGCUGAGCCAUCCACGCCGCGGUGCCUCUCCACAUCAAUGAGGCCGGUGAGCUGCUGAUUGGCCAGGGAGCUGCUGAUUUGGUCCAGUAGAAACUCCUCAUCUAUCAGUUGAGUGCCGUAAGCCUUGCCGACCGCCCGGAGCCGCACGGCAUCGCUAACGGGCAGAAAGGGGAUGACCGCACGGGCAAAGACGUCAGCAGGGAGCCCUUGAUCACCGUCAGCAAGGGCGAUCCAUAGAGGCUGAAGGAGGUAAUCAUCAUCAUCAUUCUCACAGGAGACUGACAGCAGCUGACGGCUGUGAACCACUCGCCGAUAGAAGCAGCGCCAUGUCCAUCGGAGCAGCCGACUCAUCUCUGUUGGUCCUGUGUGGCUCGGCGGCAAACCAGCAGCGACAGAGACUCAGACGAUUGAAAGAUCAGAUAUGUGGCCGCAUAGAAGAGCAGUUUACAUAGCAGAGAAGCGCCCCCCCUAACCGGUUUGGG